AUGGGUGGAAAGCAGAUCCGUCCGGCCACGGUUUGGAAGACCAAGACCGAGGAGCUGCGCAACCACCUGUUCAACAACCGCAAGGUUGCCACGCCGCCCUGGUACGAGAUCCUCUCGUCGUGUCCCCCGGCCGAGACGCUCGUAAGGACCGUCCCCGUCCGUCACCACCAGGCCGCUCCCAAGAAGAAGGCGGCCAAGCCUCGCAACCUCUACCGACCCCAGCCCAUCUCCUACCCCGAGGACAAGCUGCGACGCGUCUUCUACAAGGACCACCCCUGGGAGCUGGCACGGCCGCGUGUCCUGGUCGAGUCGGAUGGAAAGGACUACCAGUUCAUCGACUGGAGCAGAGGAUUGAGGCAGCCUGGGAUUCCUCUCUCUGGAGAGUCUGUCGUCCAACGCCAGCUCUGGCGCAUGGAAAACGAAAACAUGAGCCGCCAGCAAGCCUACGACGUGACGCGACGCGAAUUCUACCGACUGCGCCAGGAGGAGGAGGUUGAGAAGCGCAUCGCCAAGGAGGAGGCUCAGCACGUUGGCGCCUACUUUGGUAAAUCCCGUCUUGAGGUCGGCAUGCUCCUCGAGGACAGCGAGUACGAGAACUGGAAGGUCUGGGCCGGCAAGGAGGCCCAGAAGCGUGAGAUGACGCUGGCGGCGCAGAACGACGAGGCCGAGGAGGCCCCGCGACCCGUCGAGGAGCUGGUGCAGUAA